AUGGAAACGGGGAGUGCAGCAAGGACAAAUGGUACCACUGGGAAGCCAGAGGAUGUGAAGAGUCCCUCUGCCCCCAAAAAAGAAGAAGAAGUGAAGAAGACCACAAGCCCUAGUGGAGGUGAGAAGGAACCUAUGAAGGGCACUGGCAGUGCUUCUUUGGAGACAGGACAAAUCAAGAGCUCCCUCUUCUCUGGGAGUGACUGGAAGAGGCCCAUCAUUCAGUUUGUGGAGUCGUCCGAUGAGAAGAGAUCGACCUACUUCAGCAUGGAUUCGGCUGAUUCAAAGAAAAUGCAAUAUGCCAGUGGGCAGAUAGGAGAUGUGAGGAGACCCCCUCUCUCCUUUGCAGAGAAAGGUGAUCUCAGAAAGUCCCUCUUCUCGGACCUGAAGAAAACUUCCCUCCCUAUGGUGGAGACAGGGGACCUGAGAAGAUCCACCUUCAACAAGCCUGACAGAGCAGCUGGGUCCCGGCCCAGGGUGAAGCUUGAGGAUGUUCUGUGCGAUUCCUGCAUCGAUAACAAGCAAAAGGCUGUGAAGUCCUGCUUGGUGUGCCAGGCUUCCUUCUGUGAGCUGCACCUCAAGCCCCAUCUGGAGGGAGCAGCCUUCCGGGACCACCAGCUCCUGGACCCCAUCAGGGACUUCGAAGCAAGAAAAUGCCCUGUUCACGGGAAGACCAUGGAGCUGUUCUGCCAGACAGACCAGAUGUGCAUCUGCUACCUCUGCAUGUUCCAAGAGCACAAGAACCACAGCACAGUGACAGUGGAGAUCGAGAAAGCGGGAAAAGAGGCUGAGCUUUCACUGCAGAAAGAGCAACUGCAGCUGAAGAUCAUCGAGGUAGAAGAUGAAAUGGAUAAGUGGCAGAAGGAGAGGGACCGUAUCAAGAACUACACCACCAAUGAGAAAGCCACAGUGGACCAGCAUUUCAAAGAGCUGAUCCGUGACCUGGAGAGGCAGAGGGAUGAAGUGAAGGCUGCCCUCGAUCAGAGGGAAAAGAUUGCAUCAGAGAAUGUGAAAGAAAUUGUUGAUGAGCUGGAAGAGAGAGCAAAGCUUCUGCGGGAGGACAAGGAAAACAGGGAGCAGAUCCACCAGAUCAGUGACUCAGUGCUCUUUCUGCAGGAGUUUGGGGCUCUGAUGCGGAAUUACGUCCCCCCUCCAUCUCUCCCAACAUACAGUGUGCUGCUUGAAGGAGAGAGCAUGAGCCCAUCGAUGGGGCUCCUCAGAGAUGACCUCCUAAACGUCUGCAUGAGACAUGUGGAGAAGAUCUGCAAGGCAGACCUGGGCCGCAACUUCAUAGAGAGGAACCACAUGGAAAACGGUGACCACCGGUACAUGAUGAACAACUAUGAGUGGAACCAGCCUGACAACUUGAAGAGAUUUUCCAUGUUCCUGUCUCCCAAAGCCAGUUUCAACCCACGAUCAUGGGAAUUUUCCUCCUUCCAAGCGACUGAGGAAACACUUGGUACGGGUAAUUCCGACUUCAGUUUGAAAGGUUAUCCUUCAAUAGUGAGACAUCAGUCUGCAAAGGUGACGCCACAGACAUGGAAAUCCACUAAGCAGUCUGUUUUGUCACAUUACCGCCCCUUUUACGUCAACAAAGGCAAUGGAGCCACUUCCAACGAGGCACCUUGA